AUGAGUAAUGACUCAAAACAUCCACAAUACACAAUAUCCUCAACAACCACAUCAACUCUUGCUGCAUCAUUCAACACAACAACACCACAAACCAUACUCUCUUCAACUGCAUUAAAAAGUACAGCUGUUAGUGUAACCAAUACAUCCACAACCACUGCAGGACCCACAACUGAAGUGCCUACAGUACCUGAGAUAGUAACAGAUCUGGAGUUUCACUCUUCUGACACAUUUACAAGCGCACUCGACAAUUCAGACUCUCAGGAGUUCAAGAAUAGGUCUAAGCUGGUGACAGAUCAGCUUGAAGCUGUCUACAAACCCAAAUAUGAUAACUUUCUCAGAGCGAUUGUCCAAGGAUUCAGACCCGGGUCAAUCAUCACGAGAACACAAUUAGUUUUCAGCACUAACACAUCUGUACCUUCCAGAAAAGAGAUUUCAGACACCCUUUUGAAAGCAGUGGAAACAGGAACUAUCAAUACACUGAAUAUAAUUUCUCAAACAAUUUCCGUCAAUGGUUCCACUUUUGCUACACCUGCCGCUCCUUCCACAGAAACUACAGCUUCAAGAGCAUCAAAGACUGAAUUACAUCUGCUCCAAGCCACAUGCCUCAUCAUUAUGUCAAAAAUAUUCAGACUUUUCUUGUAGAUUCCUUAACCAUAUAUCAACCAAACCUGAGAGAUCUGCAAGACAUGCUGUAUUAAAUUAAACAGCAUAGUGUCAUGUGAUUUCCAUUGCCCUCAUGUGUUCAUGUCAUGUGCUUCCCCUGUCUCAUGUGUCAUGUUCUGAUUGGUUGUCAUUGUCAUGUGAUUUCUGUUCUGUCUUGCCAUUGGUCCUCUGUCUUCAUUGUUCACAGGUGUUCCUUGUUUUGUCAUUAGUCUCCUUGUAUAAAUAGCCCUCUUGUUUCAUUGUUCUCUUGUCUAGCUUUGUUUUAUGUAACCCGUUGUUGGUGAGUGUCAAGUCAAGUCAAGUCAAGUCAAGUCAAGUCAAGUCAAGUCAAGUCAAGUCAAGUCAAGUCAAGUCAAGUCAAGUCAAGUCAAGUCAAGUCAAGUCAAGUCAAGUCAAGUCAAGUCAAGUCAAGUCAAGUCAAGUCAAGUCAAGUCAUUAUUUACACUAAUAAACUGCACAUGGGUUCUACACUA